UAUUGGUUGGACGAUUGUGAAUGAAAAUCAUAUAUUUGUUGCCACCGGCGUUUGAUUAGUUCACCGACCGGGGCUCCGACGCUGUCGCCGUUCGGUGUGGCGUGGGGUCCGUUCAUCUGAUUUUGUGUUUUUAGGGCUUUUUUACAUAAUCGGCGUUCUAGACUUUUCAUGUACCAUUGUCCCAAAACCCAACAAUUUAAAAAACUCAUUCCAAAAGUGAUUACCUCUCAAACCAAAAAAAAUAAAAUCCUUAUUUUGGUAAUUUUCCAAACAUGAAGCUGUGAAUAUUAGGGAUGUAAAGCCGCCACAAGCUCUUUGCAUUGGACAUAUCCGCCGUCUUAACCUUCGCUCCGUCAGUUUGUCGUUGAAUGCCGAUGUUACUUCUUGGUGUUUUCUCAGGGACAACUUGUUUUUGUGGCUUUUGGGAUUUCCAUCGUGAGGCAUAUAAUCUAGUUACCGAGAUAAACCAUGUUAUUGGUUCUUGCUUGCCAGCUCUAAACUACAGCGAAGGGAUAAACCAUGUUAUUGUUUCUUGCUUACCAUGACCUUGCAAAUAAAGCACGUUUCUUUUGUGUAUGUCAUUGUCUCCUUCUCGAUGCAUCCUCAAGGGUCUUUCUAUUGACAAGCUCGAAACUUUCAUACCUAAAACAUGGAAAAAAUUACCUGUGAGCAAUAGUAGUGAAUUUAUGAUUGGUUCUAUUUUUUCUUCCCUGAAGGACUUUGCCUCUCAUGGUCAAUUGUCUAAAACAUUUGAGGCCUUCUCUCUCAUUCAAUUGCGCACAAGUUAUAAUGAUUCAUUUGACCUCAUCUUGCAAUCCAUCUCCAUUCUUCUUGUAUCAUGCACCAAGUGUAGCUCACUCCCACCAGGCAAGCAACUUCAUGGUCACAUUAUCUCGUCGGGUCUUGUGGAAGACUCUUUUUUGGUUUCCAAGCUUGUCAUGUUUUACUCGAGCCUUGAAUGUCUGCCGGAGGCUCAUACCCUUGUUGAGACUUCUAAUUUAUUUCGCCCCUGUUCUUGGAAUAUACUUAUGACAUCAUAUGUUAGAAAUAAACUUUAUGAGGCAGCCAUUUUAGCUUAUAAACAGAUGCUGAGUAAAGGGGUCAGACCAGAUAAUUUCACUUUUCCCUCCAUUUUGAAGGCUUGUGGUGAAACACAAAAUUUGGAAUUUGGUCUAGAGGUUCACAAGUCUAUUAACGCUUGCUCAACUAAUUGGAGUCUGUUUGUUCAUAAUGCUCUGAUAUCUAUGUAUGGAAGAUGCGGAGAGGUGGACACUGCACGUUACUUGUUUGACAUUAUGCUUGAGCGGGAUGGAGUAUCUUGGAAUUCAAUGAUCUCUUGUUAUUCUUCCAGGGGUAUGUGGAGGGAGGCAUUUGAACUAUUUGAAAGCAUGCAAAGUAAGUCUCUUGAAAUUAAUGUUGUAACUUGGAAUAUUAUAGCUGGAGGUUGCUUACGGGUUGGUAAUUUUACUCGAGCACUGAAUUUACUGUCUCAGAUGAGAAAUUUUGGCAUUCAUUUGGACGACGUAGCAAUGAUAAUUGGUUUAGGUGCUUGUUCCCACAUUGGUGCCAUUAGAUUGGGAAAGGAAAUCCAUGGCUUUACUAUCAGACAUUAUCAUCAUAUGUUAUCCACUGUUCAAAAUGCUUUAGUUACCAUGUAUGCUCGUUGUAAAGACAUUAGGCAUGCAUAUAUGUUGUUUCGGUUAAACGACGACAAAAGUAUAAUCACAUGGAAUUCCAUGCUUUCUGGUCUCACACACUUGGAUCGGGUUGAGGAUGCCUUAUGUCUGUUUAGAGAAUUGUUACUGUUUGGUGUUGAACCGAACUAUGUGACAUUUGCUAGCAUUCUUCCUCUUUGUGCUCGAGUUGCAAAUUUACAACAUGGGAGAGAAUUUCAUUGCUACAUUACUAAACGUCAUGAUUUUAGGGAUCAUUUGUUGUUGUGGAAUGCUUUGGUGGACAUGUAUGCAAGGUCGGGCAAGGUUUCAGAAGCAAAAAGAGUUUUUGAUUCGUUAAGCAAGAAGGAUGAAGUGACCUAUACUUCUCUGAUUGCAGGCUAUGGUAUGCAAGGAGAGGGGGGGAAAGCUCUAAGACUGUUUGAAGAGAUGAAAAGGUUUCAAAUCAAACCAGAUCAUAUAACUAUGGUUGCUGUCCUAUCAGCUUGUAGUCAUUCAGGUCUCUUGAAUCAAGGUGAACUUUUAUUUGCAGAGAUGCAAAGUGUGCAUGGUCUAAGCCCCCGUUUGGAACACUAUUCUUGCAUGGCAGACCUGUUUGGGAGGGUCGGUCUGUUGAACAAAGCAAAGGAAAUUAUCACAAGAAUGCCUUACAGACCCACGUCUGCUAUUUGGGCCACUCUUAUUGGAGCAUGUUGCAUCCAUGGAAACACGGAUAUCGGGGAAUGGGCAGCAGAGAAACUUCUGGAAAUGCAGCCUGAACAUUCUGGUUAUUAUGUCUUGAUUGCUAACAUGUAUGCUGCUGCGGGUUCUUGGAGUAAGUUGGCAGAAAUAAGGACUCGUAUGAGGGAUUCUGGUGUAGCAAAAGUUCCUGGUUGUUCUUGGGUUGAUGUUGGGUCUGAAUUCGUCUCAUUCUCAGUUGGUGACACAUCUAGUCCUCAAGCCCUCGAGUCGAAGCUCUUGUUAGACAGUUUGUAUGAUGUAAUUAAACACGAUAGUCUAAUAACGACAGAUAAUUACGAUACUGGCGACAACAUUUUUUGAGGAAACAUUAAAUUAUUAUUGCUGAAACUAGCAGUAGAUGUGUUGGUUUUAAACCUUGGUGUACAUCAAAAUACAUAAACAAAUAACGUAAAAUUACUAUUUAACAAAGUUUGUUCA